UCCUCUUUCCGGCGGCGCGGAUCACUCCACCGGCGGCGUCGUCCAUCUUCCAAACUCGAGUUCGGCUUCUUUAGCCCGCGUCGCAGUACACAGACUUCCUCCCGGGCGCAGGACGCAGAAAAAACGACGCGACAACGUGAGUAGCGCAUCGCGUACAUCGAGUCAACAGCGAAAAUACGAGUACGUCGUCUCGUUACGGCACGCUCGUGUUGUACUUGCGAGUAUAUGUGCAUUAACUGAGUAAGGAGCGCGUCAGGGUAGAUACGUUUACGUGCGAACCAGAAAAAAAAAGAAAGGAUGGCGGAUGCAGCACCGGCGAGAGGAGGAUUCCGUGGACGCGGAGGACCCGGCGGACCGCCGCGCGGACGCGGCGGUUUCGAGCGUGGAAGAGGUGGCCCACCUAGAGGCAUGAUGCGUGGUCGAGGGGGACCAGGUGGAAUGAGGGGAGGCCCACCAAUGCGAGGCCGAGGAGGUCCACCAAGCAGAGGGCGUGGAGGACACUUCCCAGCUGGAGGACCACCAGAAGUAGCAGGUGGUGGAGCUGGAGGUCCUGGAGGAGCACCAAGGGGUAGGGGAGGAGCAGGAGGCUUCAGAGGCAGAGGUCGAGGAGACUUUGGCCGUGGAGGAGGUGGUGGAGGUUUCAGAGGUCGUGGAGGACCAGGAGGUGACAGGGGACGAGGUGGAAGGGGUGGACCACGCGGCGGCCCAGGUGGCGGUCGCGGAGGCAUGGAACGCGGAGGUGGUCGAGGCGGUGCAGGCGGCCGCGGAGGACCACAGAAGCGUGGAGGAGGCCCACCCGGAGCCAACGGCCCACCAAAGAGGCCAAGGUUCGAUGCACCGGCGCCACCGCCAGCCAACGGCUACGUCACACAAGCCCCAGCUCCGGGUUACGGCAGUGCAGGCAAUGGUUAUGCGGCGCCGGCGCCGCCCGCGGGAGGCUACGGUGGCGGUGGUGGCUACCCCCCUCAGCAAGGCGGAUAUGCACAAGGCUACCAAGGCUAUGAGAGCUACCAGCAACCCCCGGAAUACGCGCCGUCUGCGGGAUAUGCGACAGCUCCCCCACCAGAUAACCGAUAUGGAGCACCUCCAGUUGCUGGCUCUGGCUAUGCAGAUCCUUAUGGAUAUAAAGCACCAGCUCCUGCUACUUAUCAACAAGAGCCAGUUGAUAGCGGAUAUUACAAUUAUUCUUCCGGUUACGACUACCAAGGCCAGUCUGCUAAUUACACACCUAUGAACUAUGGAAGCAAUUAAUCAAAUACCGCAGUUUCAUGAUUAUGCGGCCCAUGAAGGUGUUUAUGGAAGCCAGGACUAUGGUAAGUACCGAUAUUAAACCGAAGCAAAAAAGCGUAGCUUGCGUCAAUACCCCUUGACACUGCUGUGAGUGAUUCUGCCUUAGAAUUAAUAAAUGUAUUUGUGCUUGCUGAAAAGCAUUAAACACAUUAAAAGAAAUGAAAAAAAUGCACAAUUACUUACCUCAGUGUUGGCUCAUUUGGGAGAGUUAUAAAUUAGGUCUCUGUUAGAUAAUUACAAAUAACUUAAUGUCACCCACAUAGAAAUUUAUAUAAAAGCAUAUAAGGUGAAAAAGAGAAUAAUAUCAAUGGGGUAACAUUAAACCGUAGUAGGACUCACUUUGACGAACGUUUGAUGGUUGCUAUUAUAAAGAUAGUGUGUAUAUUUAUAUGGAGUCUUAAGUCGAAAAACAAGGCGAGAUGCAAGGAAAUAAUUUUUAUGGCAUAUUACUACUAUAAUCAAUCACUUUGUAAAAUAAUAUAUGUAAACUAAAAGUCAUACUUGCCAACUUCCAGUAAAUUUUUAUCAAACUACGGACAGCGUAUAAUUUCAUUGCGAAAAAUAUAUAAUUUGGCACAUUUACAAAUCAUAAAGGAAAAAUGCGUACAAGAAUACUUGAACAGCAAUGAAAUUAUUGAUUAGCUUUUUUAUAUACAUAUUCUGUAUUGAUUUUAAAAGAUGAACAAUUUAUUAACUUAAUGUUGAGUGAACAAACUUAAUAAUGUUUUCUAAUACGUAGUUUGUUUUGAUAAAAGUGAAAAAUCGUUAUCAAUGCGUAUGCACGAAAAAAGUAUAUAGAGUAUCCCAAGUGUAUAUCAGUUUAGUGACCGAGAUGAUGCUGUAUACACGAAGAAUGAAAAUAUUCGUGAAAUAAUGCGGUUUUUAUAAAUUGCCACUUGGUAUCAGAUUUGAUUAAUUAUUUCAUCCAAAGCGUGAAAAAGUUAUUUUGUUUGAGAUUUAUUAUUUUAUUUUGUUUUAACAAGAAAAGUAUUUUAAAGAAAUAAAAGACGAGAUAAGUCUUUAAUAAUGACAAAAACUUCAAAAUAUUUCUUCUGACUUUAUCAUGCUUAUGGAUAUUAAAAUAAUUAUUUGGUGUAGAGAAAAAUGAGAAGCACAAUUUUGCUGGUUACUCAUAUCACUUUACACUUGAACAGCGAUAAAGACAUUCAACAUAAUUUCUAUUAGGCUUAAGUUGUGCUCAGUAUGCAUUUGUUUAUACAAUUUAAACUUAGCAAUUAUCAAAUCGCCAAAAUUGCUAGUAGGUACAUCAUAAUAUAAGAAAACAAAAAAAAUGAUCGACUCGUUUUUUUAAAGAAACUCGCCUUAUUUUCUAAUGAAUGUGCUAGAUUUUUAUGGUAAAUAUAGAUGCAAGUAUUUUGUCUUUUCUUAAAUAACUAUUGUGAAGUGGAAGAUUACCAAAAAAUUGUACAAUUAGGAAUUUAUUAUUGUGAUUGUUCACUAAUAGAGAUUAAGAUGUUUAUUGACAUAAGAAAAAAUAGUAUUUUAUUUCCCGAAAGUAUGAGACAUGACCUUAUAAUGCGAAUUUUACUGCGAUACUGUUAGUAUAACUUCACUUCUUUUUACAAAAGCCGGAUGUGAGACAUCAAGUCUUUAAACAAUAAUUUUAGUUGAAUGAUUUAUAUUGCGCAACAAAAUACAGAAAAAAGUCCAAUAACCAUUUGUCAAGUAAAAUGAAUUUAAUAAUUCCAUUGUGGUCAUUUACAUUUCAUUCUCCACUAAAAAUUGGAGAAUCCUUUUGAAUGGCUGAGAGAUAUAAAGAUGAAAAGCAUGCGUAGAAUUGUUUUUGUUUCUUUUUUUAUUUAAUCCUGCUAGGAAAAUGCACUACAAUUUUUUUUAAGAAACAAAAAAGAAAUAAAAAUAUAAAAUACAUUGUAAAUUGUCAUAGCCGUAGUUUAGUGACAAGCAUUGAACAUUGUAAGCUAUUGAAAAAAUACUUCAGCUUUGAAGCACCCAAAAAACUUAUUAAAAAACCAAAUUAACGAAAGUUUUUGCAUUUAUUACCUCCUAUUAUAUGAAAAACGAGCAUUGAGUGUCGAAGGAAUGAAUAAUUGAAGAAAAAAAUUAGUUUAUUGAUAAUCAAACUUACAUGACUUUCAAUAUUUUAAGCAAACACGUUGAACAAUAUACAGAAACAGGUAAAUAAUUGAAACCUCUAUAUAGUGUAUCAUAAUUAUUUGUAAUAUCCGUAGUAGUUAUAUUUGUGUUCCUUAAAUGGUGGCCACUAAACUUGGAUAUUAACGUAAUAGUCAGGGAAAUGGCGAUAGCAAUUAUUGCAAACAUAUGAAAACGAGAAUGAAAUUUUAGCUAGAGUAAUGAAUCACUUGAAUCCAUAAUUCAGUGGUCACCAUUGAAAUCUUAGCAUUUAAAGAGCAAAAUAUUUUUAAAACAAUUCUAUUUUUUACAAACUUUGUAAGUAUUGAAAUAACCUUAUUUAAGUCAUAUGAAAGGCACAAUUUUAUUUUAGAAUUUCUGCAUACUGUAUCAUACAUAUAUUUAUAUUUACAUGCACAAAAGAACAAAACUAUUGCAACUUCUUUAAGAAGUAAACCAGCACACAAAUGAGCUAAAAAACAGUACAAAAGCAAACUUUAAGUCUAGAGAUUUUAAACUUAAAGUUGUAACGUAGAUAUGCAAUUUCCUAAUUAAAAAUUCUAUUAUGAAGAUGUUUUCUCGUUAUACAUAUAUCUUUUGAUUUAUUUCCACUAUUAUAUCUUAAAAUGCUUGGUUGAUGAACAUUUUUCAGUUUUUUUGAUCAAAUUUUGUUACUGUAUAUGUUGUGUACUAGUUUUAAAGUUAAGUCUCAAAUCUCGCGAGAGAAAGAGAAAGCGUAACAUCGAACGAAAGAAUAUACAAUAUAUCUAUAAUGUGCAGUCUUUUCACAUGAAUUCAGUUUAUUUCACAGGCAGCAAGCUAAAAUACUUUCAGGAAUGAUAUACAAUGAAACAGCAAGCGGAUCCCAUUGCAAUAAUAAAAAGCAAAAAAAUAAAAGAAAAAAUGGCGCAUCUAAAGAGUCAAAAACAGCUGACAAUAAGCUGAGCAGAUUUAAGAUAGAAACAGAGACAUAAAGCUAGUGAAAUGCCACAAGUUAUGUAUUGAAGCAACUUAUAAAAACUACACCACGCCUACAAAUUUAAAACAAUUUAAUGAGUCAAAGUAACAAUAAAAAAUAGCUUUUCAAAAGUUAAUGCACUUUAGAGAUAAAGCGAUUGCAUUAUAUACUAUUUUUAAAGAAAUUUGAAAUUAAGAAAGAUAUACAUUUGAGAGUGAGUCCGCAAUGAAAAAAAAAACCUGACACAAAACCAUUUCUAGUUGACGAAAAAUGAUUAAAAAUCUUAUGGGCAUUCAUUGAAAGCUUGAAAUGAUAGAAAUUCUCGAUAGUAAAGCUUAAAAGUAAAGCUCCAUCUCAAGCGCAAAAACAGUCGCAGGUUGGCAUCAAAAGACGCAAGACGACCAAAGCCUGGACAUUUCCCAUCGAAGAAGACGUCUACAUGGCUGGCGGCGCCCUCGACUGUGAUAAGAAGUAAAGAAUCUCUGAGGAGUUUAUUUUUUUUUAUUUUGAAUAUACUUUACUCGAACGACCUUUUGAAGUCUCUUCUUAACGUUCGUUACGUUUUAGUAACGCGUCUUUAUUUCGUUUCAAUCUAUAAUCAUGCUUCAAAUGGUCAUAAAAUGUUUGUGCUACGACUGUUUUGCAACUCGUGCUGUGAUACCCAAGACUGACAAAUAUUCUGUGCUCAACCACUGCAGAAAGAAUAUUUCAAAGUUAUAUUUAUAUACAAGGUGUGUACAAAACACAUAGUCAAGAAGAAGAAUAAACGAAAAUAUUUUUCCACGUUGAAA